AUGGCCAGCCCGGAGGUCGUCCAUGACCUGGCCAUCGAAAACCGUCCGAAAAGGCAUUCCAGGAUGAUUGAAGAGUUCGAGAAGUUCGACGAGAUUGGGAGGAACGUUGGCGUGGUUGAGCAGCCGGUAUACUCGAGAAGCGACUCCUUGAAAAGCGAACAGGAUGGAUCGGCUGUUGGAAGGAAGGUCUUCGAUCGGAAACGACUGUGGAAGCUCGACAAGCAUCUCAUGAUCGCCAUGUUCUUCCUCAACUUCCUGUCGCUGAUGGGGCGAACGAAUAUCGGUGCCGCUCUGAUCCGAGAACUACCGCAGGAUUUGAAGCUGGACGCGAUGAAGGUCUUCGUCGUUCUUACCAUGCCAGCGGCACCACUCAUUCUCUUUGAGGUGCCGAGUAACCUUCUCAUGAGGUGGCUGGACCGCAAGUUGAACUUCUCCUUCAUGUGGUACAUGUGCCUUUUGGACGUCCUCCUAGGGUUAAUCACUGUUGCUCAAGGCUUUGUCAAGACAUACGACCAGAUGAUAGUGACUCGGUUCUUCGUUGGCGUAUUUGACGCGGGGCUCAUACCCGGAUGUGUCUUCAUCUGCUCGCUGUAUUAUCCAGCUGCUCAUUUGCAAUGGCGUCUCAGCCUGAUUACGGUGGCAAACAUCUGCUCGAGUAUCGUUGGUAACUUUCUCGCCUACGCCAUUGCCAACAUCAAGACUACGAACACCUUCCAUGGUUGGAGAUGGAUCUUCAUCAUCGAAGGCAUCCUCACGGCCGUUGCUGCUCUUAUCUGCGCUUUUUCCAACGCCGGCCCACCACAAAAAGCCAAGUUCCUGACUGAGGAGGAAAAGAGAAUCAUCGAGGCUUCGGUGGAAACGCGCACCACAAAGAUCGGAGUGUUGGCCGAAUGGAAGAUGUUCUUCACGAACCCAUUGAAUUACUGCUGGGCCAUCCUCUACUGCUUCACGACAACGACGGCAUACUCGGUGUCGAUCUUCUCGCCAUCAUUCGUCAAGUCGUUCCACCCCGAACUCAGCGCGGCCGAUGUCCAAGCCCAGAUCGUGCCCAUCUUCGUGGUAGCCGCAGCCGCAUGUCUCGCCACCUCGUUCGCAUCAGACAGACUGAACCAUCGCUCGGCUUUCGGACUUGUCGGCUUCGUCUUCACAAUCAUCGGCUACGCUGUUCUGCGAAGGGCCGCGCACGAAAACUCCAACUUCACCAUGAUGGCGCUGUACUUCAUCGCCAUGGGCACUUUCAUCACCCUGCCCAUGAUCUGGAUUCUCACGAUACAGAAUCUGCAAACUCCUUUCCAGCGUGCCAUUGGCGCGGGGUUCGUCGUUGGCCUGGGCAACACGUCGGCGUACAUCUCCGCCUGGAUCUUCAGGACGAGUGAUGCGCCGUACUACGAGUAUGGAAUGACGGUCAGCAUGACCUUGGUAAUUAUCUCAUUCUUUCUCUUGUCGGCAACAUGGCUGUACAUCGUUAUUCGCAACAACAGACUUGACAGGCAGGAGGUUGCGGCGGCUUCAAUGCCCUCAGGCGGCAAAGCAACAGUCGGUCGAGGAUUUCGAUACAAGGUUUAG